AUAAAAUAGCGGGUCCAAUUAAGGCAGUUCUUUUGGACUUUCAAGCUCAGCCUUGUCUAGAAUGGCGACAUUAUGGCACUUUCUGUAUUUUCUGUUGAUUGUGGCGCUGUCUCAGUCAGAGCUACAGCAGAACACAAUGAAUGAAAUAGACCAGUUUGGCGAAUCACAGAUGAGUUAUCUAAACAUAGGAAACCGAAUCAAUGACUACAAAUAUUAUGAACACGAGUAUAAACUGUGGCCUUUAGGAGUGGUGCCGUACACUUUUAAUGAAAAAGCAAACUUCAGUAUAUCAGACAAGAAAAUAAUUUUGGGUGCGAUGAGAAUAAUUGAGGAUGUACUAUUAUCUCGCAAGAUAUCAGACAGAUGGUGCCAAAUAAAGUUUGUGCCAAAAAAAAGUUACCACAAGGACUAUGUAGAGAUAUUCAACAAUGGUCCUGGAAAAUGUUUUUCUAAUAUGGGAUACGUAACAGGAAAACAGGUCCUCAGCCUUGGAGAAGGAUGUAUAGACACGGGUAACGUUAUUCAUGAACUAUGCCAUACUCUUGGAAUGGUCCACGAACAUCAAGCACCUUUUAGAGACAAUUACGUUAAGGUGCACUGGGAAAACAUUAAAAAAGAGACCUUAAAAGACUACACUAUUAAUCAUGGCUACAGGGACUUUGGACUUGAAUAUGAUUACAAAAGCAUCAUGCACUACGAUAGCCAUGCAUUGGGAGAAAUGCCCAGUGGAAAAUGGGCAUUCGUGACUACCAUGACUGCACGUGACCCUUCCAUUACACUUGUCAGAAACGAGAAGCUGAGCUACCGAGACAAAAUCAAACUGGAACUAAUGUAUUGCCCGACACACACGCAAGUAGUCUAUCCUGGAUACAUUCUUAGAUACAACGGCGUAAAGCUUAGAAAACCGAAGGAAACUAAUAUGAUUUAUGCAUAAUAGGUGUGUAUUGCGAUAACACGAGAAUAGUUAUUUGUGCAACUAGUGAGAAAAGUGAUCUGUUGAGUCACUCGAGUGAGGAAUGGUUUCUCGAGUGAGGAAAUUGCACUUUGCACUCGAGUUGCACAUUAUAUUUUUCCUACAGAUACCAUAAAACUAAUAAAUUGGUAAAGAAACGUAACAUAUUUUUACUCAGAAAUUAACUUUUAAUAUGAAAUUUAAUAAUACAACAGUACAACAGCUGAUCAGCUGAUUUACAGCCAGUGCAGCCAACGUAUUUCGCGCGCAUAGCCUAAUAACUUGUCUGCAUAUUACGCUCUCACUAUUUCAUGCCUUCACGUUGCAAAUCUGAAAUGAGACAAAGUAAUCAGAGUGAGACAAUGUUAACAUUGUCUCACUGAUGAGCGAAUUGGCCACUUUGCUUUCUCAAAUCAGUGAGAGAACGUGUACAUUGUUAGGUAACUGUAGGAAAAAUAAUAAAAGCGGAAGGGAAUCAGUGUUUGGUUUUGUGAAAUAUUCAUACCUGAUGAUGCAAUUUCCUUAUUGUUGUGGCUUGUCUCUAAAAGGGUAAGAUAAAUAUAU